UCCUUGUCACAGACUGGAGCUCAGGAGAAGGGUGAUCGUAUGACUGGAACAAACAACAAACCACAUCACAGUCUACAUAGAACAUUCAGACAAACGUUGCCUUUGAGCUGAAGCAUAUCCAGUGUAAAAAUGGAAAACAUGCAGGAGUUGAUUCCCUUCGCCAAAGAAAUGCUGAGUCAGAGACCCAGCCGCGGUUUGCUGAAGGUCUACCUGGUGGGUUCGGUGUUUGCAGUGCUGGGGACGGUCAUCAGCCUGGUUGAGACUGUGUGUCAUCCUUUCUCGUCCGGUGAGAUGAUGGACCCUGAGAUGGUCCUCAUGUUGGCACGGGAGCAGAGAAAUGUUGAGGCUGAGAUACAGCGCAGCGUGGGGGUCCAGGAGGAGGCUGAGGAGGAGGGAGAGGAAGAGCUGGCUCAUGAAAAUGGGGCCAUAACCCAAACCAUGACCCUCUCCAAGACUCAUAGACUCAGCCAACGGAGCAUGGCCAACAGGCUGCAUGCUUCCUAAACGGGUCAACUUUUUUUCAUUCUGUUUUUGGAACAGUGACUUUGGUUAAAAAAAGAAAACAGCAGACAAAAAAAACAAAAAAAACAAACAACUUUUUUUCUACAGGGUUAAUUGUGUUUAUAAUGUCCAAUCAGAAAUUAGGAUUUCAAAACUUGAGGUGUAUGAGGUGAACCUAAAGGCAGCAUAGUGUUCUGCCAGGCUGCGGUUGCCUGCUGUGUAGCGCCGCCUGUUGUCUGGUGGGUGUAUCUGAUCUGCAACUCCACACAGACUUUGUUGAAUGAGAGAAAUGUUUGUUGAAAAUAUUCUAUAUGCAAAUACUGUAAAUAUACUUUUUCAUACCAAUAAAGUUCAUUUUAUUUAUUAA